AUAAACAUAUUAGUAGCUAUAAGGUCUAAAAACAAAUACUACGCAAUGCAUCAAUUGCCUUGGGAAACAGAUGCUUAGCAUAAAUAUUUUCGCGGCCUAUAUCACCUGGUUGCACCUUGAGAGUCAGUCGCGAGCUGUGAUCUUUCGAAUGCAGUAGUGUUGUGUUGGCAGCUCGGAGUGAUAUUUACUACAGUGUGGUUAACGUAUAAGGUGUAACUGAUCUGUGAGUAAAAGAGGUGCAACACUGAAAAUGCAUGAAAUUCAAGACAAAGUGUGCUUCGUAACCGGCGCCGCUGCGGGUAUAGGAGCUGUCAUUGUAAGAGCUUUUCUGGAUGAAGGAGCGAGGCAUGUCGCGGCCCUAGACAUCGACACCUCCAACGGCCAAGCACUCCAACAGGACCUGACCAACAAAUAUGGCGAAGGGAAAGUGAGGUUCCAUAAAUGUGACGUCACAACCAAUGAGAUAGAUGCAGUGUAUGACAAUGUUGUCAAUGAUUUCGGUUAUAUAGAUGUAGUUGUCAACUGCGCUGGAAUUAUGAAUGAUAGACCAAAUGCUUACGUGAAGGAAAUUGAAAUCAACGUGACUGCUUUAAUAAGGAGUUCGUUUAAAGCAUUUGAACUGAUGCGCAAAGACCACGGCGGUAGAGGUGGAACGAUUAUCAAUAUAUCGUCAAUCGUUGGCCUGUUUCAAGCUCAUCUUUUACCCGUCUACACUGCUACUAAGAGUGCUGUCUUGCAGUUCAGCAACUGUCUUGGAAUGGACCCACAUGCUUCUCGGUCGGGUGUCAGGGUGUUGACCUUGUGCUUUGGAUGCACCGACACCAGCCUUUUCAGCCUCUCCAAAAUGGGGGCCUUCGAUAAAGAAACCGAUGAAUUACUUGUGGGAAGUCUAGGGAAAUUGCCAAUGCAGAAGAUCGAGUCAGCAGUGGCCGGCCUCCUUACAGCUUACAGAGAAGGUGCCAGUGCGAGCACAUGGCUUGUGACGUCAGACAGACCAGCUGAGGACAUUACAGGCAACAUUUCCAAAGCCUAUGGCAUUAUGAGUCAAGGCGUUUUUAGUUAAGAAGGAUUUAUGCGACUUUUAAAGUUAAAAUAAGAUAUUUGUUUUAUUGUAGUGAUAAAAUUCAUGAUUUAUUUCUUGCGAACAUUCUUACCAAUGAUGGAAUUGCUCAUUAUAAAUAGAAACAUGAGCAAAUAAAUAAUUUGUGAAAACGUUUCGAUAAGUUACGAGACUUACAACCAUUUUAGCAUAUGACUCAUCACUAAGGGCCGUAUGAUGCACAAAAAAAAAGAUUAGGUAUUUAAAAAGGUAAACAAUCUUGUAAUGGAGAAUUAAAAUCAAGAUGAGACUUAUGAUUAUACAAACACAUUCAAUAAAUAAACGAUUGUUUUAUUCCAGUGGUAUAUUAAAAUUUGAUUUCUAAAUCUUUGUAGUAGUUUCACAUAGUUUUUUUUUUAAUGAGUUUUCACACAAAAGUACACCGGGAUUGCUUACCUCUUUUAGGAAUUAGAUACCUAACCUAUCAGCAAUUUUGGUUAUUGUUGUAUUGAAGAGGCAAAUAGACAUUUAUCAAUGUCACUUAGUUAAGCUGAAACUUGGAUGUAGUCGUUUGUGAUGUUCUUAAAUAUAGCCUUGUGUUAUAACAUUUUA